AUGGGCGGAACAGCUGAUCCAGCUACCAGUAAACGUUCCACCACCAGCAGCACCCUCACCAACAAUACAUCCUCCUCCAUAGUCGCCAACUCCUCAUCUAGCACCACCAUGCCCAAGAAGCCGCAACAUUUGAGUCUCGCCAAUAACAGCAGCAGCAGCAGUAAUACUCUGGCAUCUGGCAAACCCAAAUACAGUCUUACUCUGCACAAUAAUAAAUAUGCUGCUAACAAGAAUGCAACAGCAACGGCAACCACAACUCGAGACAAUCAUCAGCAGAGGCAACAUCUGAAGGCACUGCGUCUAACCAACAGAGAUGUAGUCAUGGGCACUGCAGAAUUGGCCAACUCAGACUAUAAACGGCCCACUUUAACGACAGGUCUCUCGCCCACAGAUGAGGUGAGCAUACAUCUAAAUCGAAAUACCAGCACAAUGGGCCAAGUCAGCAAGUCCUCGGCCAUUGCUAAUGGUGAAGCUUCAACUAAUAUCAGAGGAAUAUCGGGAAAUCUAACAAAACUAAAUGGAAAUGGUUUGGCAAAUGGAAUGACGACGACGAAUAAUAGUGUUAUUAGUACACAAAACAACAGGCUGUGGUAUCAUUGA